AUGACCGAGUCAAAGGCGGCCGAAGCCAAUGAGCUUCGAUUUUGGGCCAUUUUCGGAUCAACAUUGGCCACAUUUGGAACGUUGAUGGCUAUUGUGUCGGUUCCCAUGAUCUAUGAGCAUAUUCAGCAAGUUCAGGCGAAUAUGCAACAUGAACUGGAGUUUUGUCGGCUUCGCGCGGCCAAUGUUUUCAGCGAAAUUCGAGUUACCAAGGUUGGUUUAUGUUAGAACUAAUGAGGCGCUUUGACGUAUUUUACCUUGCUUUAGUCGGUUUUUGUCGUAUUUUGAUUAAAAUGUUGUUUUUUCGUCAAAACUAUAUUGUUUUUGAUAUACUUUAAUGAAAACUUAUUAUGUCUUAUUUUAUGUAGUUUAAAGCCAUUUUUAAACGAUUUUUUGUGAUUUUAGAUAGCAAAUGAUCUCCAUCGUCGAAAACGAAGCUUCCGACCUCAUGUAGUGUCCUCUGUGACCUCACGGAAGGCUCCAAGGGCUUAUAGGGACGCGUAUCCUCCUUCUGAGAAUCCAUACGAUGCUUUGAGCUCUCCAGAUGCCGCUAACUAUGGUAAUCCAGCCCCAGCUUAUGGUACCCCAGCUCCAUCGUACCAAGAGCCUCAAACAACCUCAGCUCCAGCCAACAGGGCUCCAGUAGCCGUUGCCUACGAUACCAUAGCACCGCCUCCAGAAUCCUACCCAGCUCCCGAAGCCUCUCCAACUGCUUCACCCGCCUACUCCACCUUAAUUCCAGCUGCUUUUAACCAAGACUACUCUCAAUCUUCACCAUCAUCCGGAUGUUGUGGAUGUGGCGUAUCACCACCGGGCCUACCUGGACCCCCAGGACCACCCGGCUACGACGGUCACGAUGGUUUACCAGGUCAGCCGGGUAAUGAUGGACUACCAGGACCGAACCGACCUUACCAACCACCACCAACCUUCUGUUUUGACUGCCAACCUGGUCCAGCUGGAGCACCUGGUCAAUCAGGUCAGCCAGGAAGACCAGGCCAGAACGGCUACCCAGGCAGACCAUCUCAGCCAUCUUAUCCAGGUCGUCCGGGGCAUCCAGGUCAUCAAGGACCUCGAGGUGAGCCAGGUGCACCAGGCCAGGCUGGUCGUCCUGGUAAUGAUGGUCGACUACAAGACCUACCAACUAGAAUCGGACCACCAGGACCAGUGGGACCAAUUGGUUUGCCAGGACAUCCAGGUCCAUCUGGUACUGACGGACAGCCUGGUGGUACUACUCAAGGUCCACCUGGAGAUGUUGGUGCUCCAGGUGCACCAGGCCGGGAUGGUGAGACUGGUCAACAAGGAUAUCCUGGUCCUGAGGGAGAAAAGGGCGGAUGUUCACAUUGUCAUAACCCUAGAACUGCUCCUGGAUAUUGA